AUGGCUGCCAGUGAGAUCGUGACUGAUCCCUCUUUAAGAUCAGCAUUAGAGACUUCAAGACAGACUCAAGACCAAGCUCUCCUACUCCUUGAUCUUGUCUCGAGCCAUGAGCCGACAUUUCCAUUGUCAAAUGAUUUCCAGCUUCAAGUAUCUAGGCAGCAAAAAUUUUUGCUCACUGAUUUAGCUCUUCUUCGUGGACUACAUCGUGAUGCACACAAGGGUGCUAGAGAAACAAAGGCUCAGACUGCAGAGGCACGACAACAAGUUGACAAAUUACACCUUCAGCUCCAAAAUCUUUAUUACGAGCAAAGACAUUUGGAGGGAGAGAUUAUUUCCUGCGAGUCAUAUGAUCAUAAAUACCUACAACUUCCACUAAUACCGGUCGAACAAUUCGUUGCAGAAUAUCCAGAAUAUGCUAAUAUGGACGACACAGCCUUGACUAUUGCAAGAAUCGACCACGAGCACAUUGAGCGAAUGAAACUCGAAGAACAGCGACAAGGGCUACUUAAGAAAAAGCAAAGCUUAAUUGCUGAUAAUAAGAAGCGAAAAGAAGAUCUAGCCAACCUUGAUAAAGACUUGGAAAAGUUUAUUGAUGCAGCGAAACAAAUACAGAAAACUUUCGAGUAA